AUGGCAUCAGAAUCUGAAGGUGACUGGGAGCAAGCUAAUUAUGUGAACAAUUCAUCCAGAGCACCAUAUGACCCACACUCUAAGACAUGCAACCUAGGUUGGAAGAACCACCCAAACUUUGGGUGGAGAAAUCAACAAAACCACAACCAGGACCACAACAAGCCUUAUCCAUCAAAUCAGCAUCCCAACCACAACCCCAAGUAUCAAACAGGGAAUCAUAGACCCUACCAUAACUCACAAAAUACAUUAUACCAUAACAACCAACCCAUACACAACAACCUCAAUCAAGAUGCACCAUCCUCAACUAUGCAACCAUGCGAAAUCAAGAGCAACUUUGAGAUGAUAGGGGCUGCAAUAACACAACUAUCAUCCCAGAUUUCAGGGGUAGUCUCCUCCCUCAUGGACAGACAAGCACAAACUGAUAGAAGGAUAUAUGCUAAUCAAGAGGAAUACAGGUCAAAUCUGAAAAAUCAAGGCGCAGCAAUCUCAAAGUUAGAGGCACAAGUGGGGAUUUUGUCCAAGCAAAUCCUACUUUCCACACACACAUUUCCUAGCGAUACCAUGGCUAACCCAAGAGGGGAAUGCAAAGCCAUAACUCUGAGAAGUGGGAAGGUUGUAGAGGAAGGAGCCCCAAGCAAAGAUAAUCAUGAAGAGGUUGCACCAAAACAUGGGAGCGAGGAUGAAGAGGAGAUCCCAACUUCACCUCCACCAAAAUCAGUUUUGAAGCCCUAUGUGCCAAAGGCACCAUACCCACAAAGACUGAGAAAAGAUGGGAAGGAUGGCCAGUUCUCUAAGUUCCUAGAGAUCUUCAAGAGGCUCCAAAUCAACAAACCAUUUGCUGAGGCAUUAGAACAAAUGCCACUCUACGCCAAGUUCUUAAAGGAGCUUAUAACCAAAAAGAGGAACUGGGAGGCAAAAGAAACCAUAGUGUUGACUGAGGAAUGCAGCGCUAUCAUACAGAAGAAGUUGCCUCAAAAGCUGAAAGACCUAUGGAGUUUUCAAAUCUCCUGCAUCAUAGGGGACAUCACUAUUGAGAAAGCUUUGUACUUGCUAGUGAAAGUAGGAGAAUUCAUCUUCCCUACUGAUUUCGUUUUGCUGGACAUCGAAGAAGAGGCCAACACGUCAAUUAUCCUAGGAAGACCAUUUCUAGCUACUACUGGAGCCAUCAUUGAUGUACAGAAAGGGGAACUAGUCUUGAGAUUGCAUGAAGAGAAAAUGGUCUUCAACGUCUUUAAAGCAAUGAGUUACCCCAAUGAACCCAUAGAAGAAUGUAUGCUGGUAGACACCAUGGAACAGAUAGUUCAAGAAGUCAUGGGAGAAGAAUAA